UCUAAAGUAGUGCUUAUCACCUACAGCGACGAGAGAGAGAUAUUGUGAACCGUUUUAUUAGGAGUAUGAUGUCAAAAAAUCAAGCGAUAAAUGGAUUAUAACAACAUUUGAAUGAAAUAGGUGCGAAUAUUAGAUUGCCACCAGCACCUCUGAUUAUCAAUGUUAAUUGACAAUGGGAUAAAUUAUCAGAUAACCUGUAUAAAACAAACAUCGUCAAGAAAAUGUAAGAAUACCGUUACACUAACAGUAAACUAAAGGACUCAAGUCAUCAUGAGCACUAAAGGAGGCGGAGAGCAAACUUUGACGGUUGCCCUUCGUAUACGACCUUUAAAUGAAGAUGAAAUACUUCAAGGUGCAAGUCCCAUCGCAUAUAAAGUUGAAAAUAAUAUGGUGGUGUUGUUAGAUCCAACAGAAGAUCAUGAUGAUAUUUUACGAGCUAAUAGAUCACGAGAAAAACAAUUUGUCUUUGAUUGUACAUUUGAUGGAUCAGCUAAUCAGGAAGACGUAUAUGAAGCUACUACCAAAGAAUUAAUACCAAAUGUUAUAACUGGUUAUAAUGCUACAGUUUUUGCUUAUGGGGCCACAGGUGCUGGUAAAACUCACACUAUGGUGGGUAAAGAUGACAGUCCUGGUAUAAUGGUUCGAGCUCUCAAUGAUCUCUUUCUAGAAAUGGAGAAAACCAGUGAAGAUAUGGCCUAUAAAGUUACUAUGUCUUAUCUAGAGAUAUAUAAUGAAAUGAUCCGUGAUUUGUUAAAUCCGGCAGCAGGUAUAUUAGAUUUACGAGAGAAUUCUAAGGGUGAUGUUACAGUAGCUGGAUUAUCAGAAGUUUCAGCUAGAUCAACAGAUGAGGUUAUGCAGAUGCUAUUAAAAGGUAAUCGUGAAAGAACUCAAGAACCCACAGCGGCCAAUCAGGCCUCAUCCAGAUCACAUGCUGUUUUACAAGUCACUGUAAGACAACGGCAUCGUGUGAAAAAUACACUACAAGAAGUACGAACGGGUAAACUCUUCCUCAUUGAUUUAGCUGGUUCUGAACGAGCAGCAAAUACACACAACCGUGGUAAACGAAUGGUGGAAGGUGCACAUAUUAACAGAUCAUUAUUAGCCUUAGGAAACUGUAUAAAUGCUUUAAGUGAGAAGAAUGGCCCGAGAUAUAUUAACUAUCGUGACAGUAAAUUAACUCGAUUAUUAAAAGAUGCUUUGGGUGGUAACUGCAAAACUGUUAUGAUCGCUCACAUUAGUCCAGCCAGUUUAAACUUUGAAGAAUCUCGUAAUACCCUAGUCUAUGCUGACAGAGCAAAACAUAUCAAAACAAAGGUGCGGCGGAAUGUAACAGAUGUAGCAUAUCACAUAGCCCAGUAUACAAAUAUUAUAACAGAGUUACGGGAAGAAAUUCUAAGAUUACGAGACAGACUCCAUGAACAGGGAACGGCCAGUCGACAACAUGCUGUAGCUAAUAUACAAGCUGUACAAUCUGAAGUUCUGAUGGCUAAAGAUACAGCCAAUAGAAGUGAGAUGAAUAAACUAAGAGAACAGUUGUUAACAUGUUUUAAAGAUCAAAUGGAAUUAAGACGUAGUUUAAUGGAAGUCAACAAUAAUACUAUGGAAGUCAGUUUAGAAACCAACAGAAAUCAACUUAUAAUCAGCGAAUGGGAUGUAGAAAAAGCCAGAAUACAACAAAAACGUGAAAAUACCCAGGCAACAGAUAAUAAAUUUGAUGAAGUAGAUGAUGAUGUCACAGAACCAGAGGAUGUGCGGGUAGCGAGAGAAGAAUUAAAAGUUCUUCAUGAUGAAAAACAUAAAACAGAGAAAGUUCGAGUAACAAUAAAGCGUGAGCUUGAAACAGCUAAAGAAAAACACAAGAAAUUAGAAGAGUUAAUACCAGUAAAAGUGAGUAAUAUUGAUCAACAAGAAAUCAUACGACAAAUGUGUAAAGUACAUGAACUAGAAAUAGAAAACUUACAGAAUAUUGCAGCAUCUUUAAUGAGAGAUUUCGAGAUAAAAAAGAAGGACAUGGUUAUUACAAGAUUUCGACAUCAUCGUAAUUUAUGUGAUGAAAUUAUUAAACAACAGAGAGAUUUAAUCGAUGAUAAUAAUGUACCAUGUCCUAAAGACCUAGAUGAAUUAUAUGAGUUAUAUAAACUGGAGAGACAGGAUAAAAUAUUAAAAGGUGAUGAAUCAAACAGUCAAACACCUAGUCUUAAAUUUUUAACAGCAAGUGGUGCCAGAAGUACAUUUGGUGAUGGCAGACAACCGAGUAGUUUGACUGAUUUAAAUUCUUAUGAUGAUGAUACCAAAGUUUUUACUAGAAGUGCCAAAUUAAAGCAAAUUGAAGCCCAAUGGAAGACCAAUUCCUACAUGAUAUCAGAUAAACAAGUUAUUCCUAGUAUCAAAUCACGACAAUCCUUCGAUGACAAAGAAACCAUUGUUUCAAAUACGCGGAACAUUGCUGCCCUUGCAGCUAAAAAACGGACAAGGGUUCAGAAUACUCUUCUUCAAACUGAUAAAAUGGACAAACCACGAACAUUGUAUCGACCAACAAAUGACUCGGCCAGUGACUUUGCACCAAAUGCUUUAACUCCAAGCCGUUUGGCAAAACAUAAUAAAGAUUAUGGUGAAGGGACCUUUCAUUUUAAUAGUACACCACCUAGUGAUGAUAAUAUUUCAUCAGUAACAGCUGUAGAAAAAAUUAGCAUUCAUACAGACACAAGCCUGCCUCCAUUAAAUGAACAACAAUAUAAGGGUGGUGUGAGGAAGAUUUCACAAACGGAAACAGAAGCCAGACGACGAAGACGAAGUCAGCAAGGUUAUGAAGGAACUAUUUCGAAUCAAAAUAUGAAGAAGACCAGUAGCAAAUCAGUAGGUAAACCGAGAGUUAGUAGAACUAAACUUGGUGAUAUAUCAGCUUCAGGAAAUAUCACACAAAUUGAUGAAGGUAUACCAGAAGUUAAACCACGCAGAGAGAAACCGAGGAGAAAAUAUCGAAGUCAAAAUGCAUCUGAUUCAUCUAGUGUAAGCACACCUCAACAAAAUAAAAACCGUAAAGCCCUUCCUUCGAUCCCUUCUUAUAGGAAGGGGGAUAUUACAAUUACUGGAACAGGGGUUGCUUAUGGUGUCAACUAUAGAUAUUAAAUCAUCUCUCAACUGGAUUAAAGAAAUAUAUAUAUAUAUGGGUUUUACUGUUAUCAUAUUCUGUAGAUUUUGAAAGAAAUAAUAUAAUUACCGAGACAAAUAUAUGUCCGAUUUUCGUAAAAAAAUAUGUAAAUGAAGGCUUAAAUUUAGUUGAACAAAACAUCUUAUCCUUUCUAUGAAAUCAGAGAUUUUUAAAUUUAUUAAAGUAGAACUCCAUGUCGAGGGGAAGGGUUAAUUACUGUAAAUAAAGAGUAAGCAGUAUAUGCUAUAACAUUUUUUGAUCUAAUGACUUGUAUUCAUACAGCUAUGUAGAAAUAGUAUUUUAGCAUGCAGUGAAUUUUUGUUUAUUUACAGUGAUGACUAAUUCCCAUCGUAAUGUUACAGUCGACAAUUUAGUUUGUUUAUUAAACAAAACAAUUUAUAUUUUAGGUUGCAUAUUGUUAAUAAUACUAAUUCUAGGUAUAUAAUGAAUAACUUUCGGAAACACUGGAGUUCUCCUUUAAGUUACUUUGACAUAUUUUACUGAUAAUUUAGUAACAUGAACUUCAAAGUGCCAUCAAAUUUGUAAAUAUUUGUCUCCCCCCCCCACCCCAUAUCUACAUGUUUGUCCCCUCUCCAAUAAAUACAGUGCUUAAUGUAAAUAUAUAGGUAUACCACUAUUGUAAAUAAUGAUAAUUUGAAAAUAAAGCAUGUUUAUAAAUAUUCUCAUUUUAAUUUCAAACAAUUAUCUCAUUUAUAUUGAUUUAUAUUGAGAUCUGAAAAUUAGUUUUUAUCAUUUUCUUUAUUUAUUUCAUAACUAUGUAAAUACAAAUAUCUUAGUUUAUAACUGCUGGGAGUAAACCUUCCUGUUAAAGUUAGUAAUAUUGAAAUCUCUCCAUGUUAUUAAUGUAUAUUCUUUAGUCUAUUGUUAUUAUUUGUUGUUUUAUUGUCCUUUCUCAGAUAUUUUUUGUUUGUUUUUGAUUUUAUGAUUAACAAUUAUUUGUAAUAUAUAUACACAUAGAAUAAUUGCAUUUCAAUGUUUAUCUUAUUCUAACAUACGUAUAUCCUACGCAUUUUAUUUCAAAAUAAAUUUAGGUAAACAAACAUUUCCAGAAGAUAAAGUCCAAUUUUUUCUCAGGUCUGAACUGAAUCUACUUUGGUUGUAUUAAGUUAAUUAGGUAUGAUAAUGCAAGUUUGCACAUUGUUGCAAAGUGGUUCAUUUGAUUUGCCCAGGGGGACCAAACCUUCUUGGUCCAGUUAACAAUUUGCAACUUUUUCCAAAAAGUAUAUUUACCCCCAAUUUUUUUUUUUUUCUCAUUAAUUUGAGUGUACACUUUUAUCACGAUAAGAAACCGAUGAAGAAAACAUUUUAAAAUACUGUUUUUAACUAUAUUAAGUUCAAUUAACAAUAGUAUAUAUCAUUGUUCUUUCAUUUGUAUUCUUCUCAAUUUCUGAUUUUUAAAAAGAAACAUAAUUGGGAAAAAAAUAUGUACAAAUCCAGUAUCAACUACUUUAUCCCAUGGGUAUGCAAAAUUUGAUUCACUGGGAGUAAAUUUAGCCCAGGUUGGUAAGCCCAGGAUUAGCCCUAUAUAAUCAUGAUAAUACUAAGUACAGUUUUUUUACAGCCUUAUUUUGGUAUAAAGGCACCAUGUUUAUGUAAGUUCUUGAGUGGCAGCAUAAGUACAUAAGAGUGCCUAAUGUAAUUUACAUUUGUUUACUAAAUUUGUUGAAUUGUUAUCUUAUCAAACUAACUUAAUCAUAUCUAUAUCAUAAAUACUAUUAAUUUCAUUUGUUGUAAAUAGUCUUAUAAUGUGAUCAGAGAGCACUAUAUGUUGUAUUAAUAAUAUAUUUUAAAUUUUAUUAUUUCUUGCUUUUUUAAAGCCAACUUUGCACCUAAACAUUUUUGAAAAAGAUAUUUUUUACUAAACUGUGAUAUUUUCUAUGAAUUAUAUCUUUGCAUUCACUGUCAACAUCACAAACAAUUUUUAUUUCAUUUAGUUAGCACCAUAUUUUAUUAAUGUAAUCAUUAAUUUGUAAUCAAUUUUUGAAGCAUUCCCUUUUUAAUAUUAUGGUUAUUGAAGAAAAAAUUAAUGUUUAGUGAAGAAGUACAUAUAUUAUGAUAGUAGCCCUGUGUACAAAGUUAGAGAGAGAUAUUGAACGGGCUCUGUCCUUCUGUUCAUCUAUUAUUCCAUUCCGAUUUUGUUUCAAGAUAUCUGUAUGAAACUAUGUACAUACAACCUAGCUAGUAGUAGCUGUGCGAUUUACUAUAUACUAGUUCAGUGGAACACAAUUGAUUUUGGUAUGCAAUUAUUGUUCAAAAGCAAACCUCGGAAACCAUUCAAGAAAUCUUCACAAACUUUAUGAAAUUUUGUUUUCAUUUAUACAUCUAUAACUGAGCAUAUCACUUUUCUCGUUAUUUGUAAUUGAACUAUCAAGGGCGGAUACAGGAAUUUUUGCAGGAGGGGGUUUGCCAGGUUCCUGUUAAGGGAAUUUGACAGUUGGCAAUGUAUGAUGAUGGCUCUCCAAAUUACAUAGGCAUACAUACACACUGAGCUUUGAAGUCAGUUUUUAUUAUGAAUGCAAAGCAUUUGUGAUAUCACAUAUGUCAGUAUCAUUAUAUUGCACUUUGAAUGCCCAUCCCAUCCCACCAUCUGAUGAUAAAGGAUAAAGCACACGACUGUGACACUUUUCUCAUAAAAGUGUUGUUUUACAAAAAAAUAAAUAUUGUAGCUGAGCAGGGUGAGGGGUUGACCCCCCCCCCCCCCCCUCUGAUUCCAAGUUGUAUAAUUGAGAUGCCUCAUACUAUUUGCUAUAAAUUUUAACAUGUUUAAUACUAGUACUGGUUGUUGAUUACCAAUAACUCCCGAGAUUGUUUAUCUCUGAAACCUGUUUAAGGGUGUGGGAUUUAAAUGAUUGAUUCCAGUUGGUUAUGUUUGUGAACAAGUAUACUGUAUAGCCCUAAAAUAAUAUAUUGGAAACCUGUACAUGGUGCAAUUUAAAAAAUACAUCAAAAUGUCACUGGAUUUCAGCUUGUUAAAUAAGUCUUUAUUUGAAAUACAUUCCAUAUCAUGAAAAUUGUAAUUAUUUAUUUUAAUUUAUUGUAGACAUAUUGUUGUAUAUUUAUCUAUGACUAACAGCUUAUAUUGCUUAAUUAAUAAAAAAUGCUUAUAUCCUA